CGUCAUAUUCAUUCCCUUGGACAUAUUAAGAUACAUACCUGUAUGUCACAUAUGGCCAGUCAAUUUCGUCAACCCACUCAUCCUCCUCGUCCUUGAAAAUUAAAGCCAUAUCAAACCCAUCUUUCGUUUUAAAUUUUUUUUAAUGGGUUAGUUUUAAUUUUGGCUACAUGCUGGAUUUUGUUGAUCUGGACUUUUUUUUUUAAUUAUGGACCUACCUUUUAGGUUUAGUGCAUGUUUUACAUGUUCAUGAUCAGUUUAAUAGUUCUAGUUAUUAAGGCUCUGUUAUGGGUUUAUGACAUUGUGGUGCCGAUUUAUAGUGAUAAUUUUGGUUUUUUUAUGUAAUUUUGUUUCUGGGUUUAAUGAAAGCUUUUACCUUUGGUAAUUCCAGAAAAAUUAUGUGUUCUUGCUAUCUGAGUUUUUAGGUUUUUCGUUGACCAUUAAUAUGUAAAGCAAGUCGGUGUACAUGAAUCAAGAUGAGCUUCUAAUCAGGCGACAUGGUUGUUAUAAAGUACAGUGUGAUUAACGCUGGUAAUUAGCAAGAUGUGAUGGAGGCAAUUUGAAAUGUGUACAGUGUGAUUGACUGUUGAUUUGAUUGUUACAUUCGGAUUCUUGGUUUGAGUUCAGCCUUGAAAUUUUUUUGUUGUAUAAAUUUAUGGAAUUUUUGCUUUGAUUAAUUUGAUUGAAUAGUCUUACUCAUUUAGCUAUAAACUUCAUUUCAUUAGUGAAUGAGUAUAACCUUUUCCCCAUCUUUCCAAAAAUGAUGUUAAUUUUUUUUUUUCUAAUUUCUAGUAUUCAAUUGAAAUAAAAUGAUCAUUAAAAGCAUAACUUUUUUCUCUUUUUAGUUUUACUUGGUUAUAUGUAGUAUGAUUGUUUAUCUUUACAAAUUUUAUGCUUGUGCAGAAUUUUGGUAUUCUAAGUGUUAUAUAUUUUUUGGGACCAUGAAUAAUUAGAACCAUGUCAGUGAAAAAAUUAUUUUGACAAGUCCAUUGGAUAUGUUGGGAAUGCCUUGAAAAAGAUGAAGGAAUAUGAAUUGGGUCAUCUUACCUGCAGAUAACUUAAGAAUUUCAUGGUGAUGAAUUAUCAGACAGAUAUGGUAGAAUCAUACUUGCAUUAAUUAUGCAUGAACAGAUUAUGUGUUUGGAUUUUUAUUUUUUGAUUAUUAAUGAUAGAUUAAGAAAAAAUAAAAUGUCCAAGGGGUUAAAACCCGAGGAAAUUAGUUGAUACUUACUUGUAGAAUUAUUCAUGUAUACACAAUUAUCCUUCUUGCAUUUUUGGUUCAUAUUCUUUGAAAACAAUUGGAGCAUAUUCCUGAAAUACACAUGAAGUUACUCCAUUCUGUAGUGAAGGCCUUAUUUGACAUUGAGUGAAUUGCUCAUAAAUUCAGUGGUUAUGAAGUCUUGAGCUCAAGAACUUGCAUUUUGAACAAUAAUCUAUUGAAAUAAGUUGUUCUAUGGCAUGCAUCCCUUAGGCCUAAUUACUAAUUGAAAAAUGUACAUUUAAAACCAAUUGUUUUAUUGGAAUUGCUAAAAUAUUUUUUUAUCCUCUUUCUAAUUCCAGUCCCUUGGCUCUUCAGCCUAUGAAGUCAAUAAUCUAUUCUUCUAUCAUUGCUUUCUCCCUCUGUCCACAUUAUGAUUUUAGACUAUAACAUUGUGAUUGGAUCUGAUUAGUCCUUUUACAUGCUACUGCUAUAUGAAUUCAAGUUUCUAUUGGUUUUUGUCUUUUUGACAUGUUAUUUUUGCACACCUUGGUAUAUCAAUACGAAUUAAUGGCGGACAUGCAUGUUUUCAUACUUUUAGGAAAUAAAUGAAUGGGAACUUAUAUUUGUGAGGAAAAUCUCUUAACUCAUUACUUCUUUGCUUCAAAAUUAAAGAUCUUUGUUUCCACAAAUGGAUAGGUAGGUGAUAACAGAUUGACAACCGAUAUGUUUCAGCUUGUUAAUUGAAAAGUCUUCCCCUCCUUCCUUUUAAUGCAUGCACAUAUGUACCUUCAUAUACUAUUUAGCAUCUUCCCUAAGGCAAAAUUUAGAGGAUAUGUUUUGCUAAUUUUAUAUGCAGAGCAGUUUUAACUAAAUCUUGUUGGUAUAUGUAACACAUGCAUAUAUGCAUCUCAUUUAGUAUGUUUAUCUAACUUUUUCCAAGGAUUUGAACUUUAUUUGAACAGGAAGUUGUGUUACGGUCAAUGAUCAUGCACACAUGAUACAGUUGUACUGAUUUUAAUGCAAAUUAUGGAAGUGCUUCCCUGUUCUGGUGUUCAGUAUGUUGGGGAGUCUGAUGGUAAACAGAGUUCAGCAGCAGAUUUUGUUUAUGACAGGGAAUCUAAUUGCUUUCAACAUGAAAAUCAAGUUCAAACAGGAAAUGUUAGAAUGGAUGAUUUGUUAAAUGUAGAAGCGCCUCUAUUGGAAGCACUAGGUGAAGGUCAAGGGACUGGGACAGGGGUUGAGUUGCCAAUUUCACGAGGACAUCAUAGUGGAGCUUCACAAUUUGAUUCUCUGGUCGAGGGCCAAAGAUCUUAUGGUUCCCAUGAUUUUGAAAUUGAUGACUUAAACACACAAAAUGAUUGCACAGGACCUUGUCAGGCUUCUGAAAACUCUAAUUUAAUUGCGGAUACGAUUGAAAGUGAGUUGCCACAUGACAAUAGAGAGGGAGAAUCAUCUCUUUCAGAGCCCCAGUGGCUAGAACAUGAUGAAUCUGUUGCAUUGUGGGUCAAGUGGAGGGGAAAGUGGCAGGCAGGAAUCAGAUGUGCCAGGGCUGACUGGCCUUUAUCAACUUUGAAAGCAAAACCAACUCAUGACCGGAAGAAGUAUUUUGUGAUAUUUUUCCCCCACACCAGAAAUUACUCUUGGGCAGAUAUGCUACUUGUUCAAUCAAUCAAUGAGUUUCCUCAGCCUAUUGCCUAUAGGACACAUAAGGUUGGAUUAAAGAUGGUUAAAGAUUUGACUGUUGCACGUCGGUAUAUAAUGCAAAAGCUUGCAGUUGGCAUGCUGAAUAUUGUGGACCAGUUUCAUACAGAGGCUUUGGUGGAGACUGCUCGUAAUGUGAUUGUUUGGAAGGAAUUUGCUAUGGAGGCUUCUCGCUGUGUUGGUUAUUCUGAUCUUGGAAGGAUGCUUCUCAAGCUUCAAAGUAUGAUAUUGCAACGCUACAUCAAUUCUGACUGGCUAGGUCAUUCUUUUCCCUCUUGGGUACAACAAUGUCAAAAUGCACAUAGUGCUGAAUCUAUUGAAAUGCUGAAAGAUGAACUAUAUGAUUUUAUUCUGUGGAAAGAAGUCAACUCUCUUUGGGAUGCACCGGUACAGCCCACCCUGGGUUCUGAAUGGAAAACUUGGAAACAUGAAGUUAUGAAAUGGUUUUCAACAUCUCAUCCCCUAUCUAAUGGCGGAGACACGGAGCAGCGAAGCAGCAAUGGUCCCUCAACCACAAGUCUUCAAGCUAGCAGGAAGAGGCCUAAACUGGAAGUUCGUCGUGCUGAGCCACAUGCUUCCCUGAUGGAAAACAGUGAUUCAAAUCAGACUCUGGCUUUUGAAAUUGACUCUGAAUUUUUUAAUAGUCGAGACACUGUGAAUGCGGCUACAUUUACAUCUGAGGUUUCUAGAAGGGAAUAUUUUAGGGAGGCACCUGCACAAACAGAUACACCACCUAGUGUUGCUGACAGAUGGGAUAGAAUUGUAGUUGGAGCAGGAAAUUCUGAGGUCACGCAGACCAAAGAUGUUGAAGGGACUCCUGUGAAAGGAGAGGUUAAAGAAUCUUUAUAUCCUACUGACCAAACCAAAUAUAUGGAAUUGACACCUGUUAAUGAGGUGAUCAAUAGAAAAUCUUUAGAUUCUGGUAAUAGGAAUUGUCAGUGUGUAGCUUUUAUUGAAUCUAAGGGAAGACAGUGUGUGAGGUUGGCAAACGAUGGCGAUGUUUACUGUUGUGUACAUUUGGCCUCUCGUUUUAUAGGUAGUGCUACAAAAGCAGAACCACUCUCUGCUGAUGCACCAAUGUGUGAAGGUACAACAGUUCUUGGUACAAGAUGUAAGCACCGGGCUCUAUAUGGCUUUUCAUUCUGUAAGAAACACAGACCAAGGAAUGAUGCUGAAAAGACUGCAAAUUCAUCAGAAAAUGUGCUUAAGAGAAAGCAUGAGGAGAUUAUUCCUGGUUCAGAAACAUCUUUCAGAGAUAUUGUAUUGAUAGGAGAAGCCGUGACUCCCCUUGAAGUUGACCCACUCUCAGUAGUGGAUGAUGAUUCUGUCAUGAGAAAAAACAGCUUAAUUGAAAAGUGUGAGCAUUCUGAUAAAGAAUAUAGUGCCACAGAAGCACGGCACUGUAUUGGUUUGUACUCCUACACUGGCAGUUAUCCAUGUCAUGAAAGUCCAAAGCGACACUCUUUAUAUUGUGAUAAGCACCUUCCCAGCUGGCUUAAGCAUGCGAGGAAUGGUAAGAGUAGGAUAAUAUCAAAAGAAGUGUUUGUAGAUUUAUUGAAGGAUUGCUGCUCACUUCAGCAAAAAUUGCAAUUACAUCAAGCAUGUGAACUAUUUUACAAGCUCUUCAAGAGCAUUUUAUCCCUACAAAACCCUGUUCCUAUGGAAAUUCAAGUUAAAUGGGCCCUUUCUGAAGCUUCAAAAGAUUUUGGUAUUGGGGAAUUUUUAAUGAAGCUGGUUUGCAGUGAAAAGGAGAGACUCAAUAGGAUAUGGGGGUUCAAUGAAGAUGUCAAUGUUUCCUCCUCUGUCAUGGAAAAAUCAGCCCCUUUGCCAUUGGAAGUUGAUGGAAGUUGUGAAGAUGACAAGACAAUUAAGUGCAAAAUUUGCUCCCAGGUGUUUCAUGGUGAUCAAGAAAUUGGUACCCACUGGAUGGAAAAUCACAAGAAGGAAUCACAAUGGCUGUUCAGAGGUUAUGCUUGUGCUAUCUGCCUGGAUUCAUUUACUAACAAGAAAGUUCUGGAAUCCCAUGUGCAUGAGAGACACAGUGUUGAAUUUGUUGAUCGGUACAUGCUUCUCCAUUGUAUGCCUUGUGGUAACCAUUUUGGAAAUUCAGAAGAGCUAUGGUUGCAUGUACAAUCAGUUCAUUCUAUCGAUUUUCGAAUGUCACAAGUUGCUCAGCAGCAUAAUAUUUCUGUGGAUGGGGAUUCAGCAUUGAAACUUGAGCUGGGUAAUUCAGCUUCUAUAAACCAUUCUGAAAAUUCAGGUACCGGUCGAAAAUUUAUUUGCAAGUUUUGUGGCUUGAAGUUUGAUCUGUUACCUGAUCUUGGUCGUCAUCAUCAGGCUGCUCAUAUGGGACCAAGUGUAAUCGGCUAUCGGUCCCCAAAGAAGGGGAUUCGUUACUAUGCAUAUAAAUUAAAAUCUGGGAGACUUAGUCGUCCUAGAUUUAAGAAAGGUCUGGGGUCAGUGUCAUAUAGGAUCAGGAACAGGGAUGCUGCAAGUAUGAAGGAGCGCAUCCAAGCUUCAAAAUCACUGGUUAUGGGGGAAAUAAGUGUUCAGCCUCCUGUAAGUGAAGCAGCAAACCUUGGCAGAUUAGUUGAAUCCCAAUGCUCAUCAGUUUCAAAAACAUUGCUUUCCAAGAUCCAGAAAACAAAACCUUGGCCCAAUAACUUUGAUAUUUUAUCCAUUGCUCGCUUAGCUUGCUGCAAGGUAAGCCUCAAAGCCUCACUAGAGGAGAAAUAUGGAGCAUUGCCUGAACGUUUAUAUCUUAAGGCAGCCAAGCUUUGCAGUGAGCAUAACAUUCAGGUAGAGUGGCACCGAGAUGGAUUUGUAUGUCCUAAUGGAUGUAAAAUUUUCAAGGACACACAUCUUCUGUCUCCAUUAGUACCUCUUCAUUUUGUGGGACUACAACCUGCAGAUUUUUCAGAACAUAUGAAUGAUGAGUGGGAGGUGGAUGAGUGUCAUUAUAUCAUUGAUUCAUAUCAUUUGGGACAAAGGCCCUUACAUAAGGGUACCAUUUUGUGUGGUGAUAUAAGCUUUGGAAAGGAAUCUAUUCCAGUUGCUUGUAUUGUAGAUGACAGCCUUUUGGACUCCCUUUGUGUACCAGCUGGUUGUUCAGAUUGCCAAAAUUCUAGAAGCUCCAUGCCUUGGGAAAGUUUCACCUAUGUUACAAAGCCAUUGCUUGAUCAAUCCCCUGAUCUUGAUGCUGAGAGUUUGCAAUUGCGGUGUUCCUGUUCACAAUCAAUAUGCUGUCCAGAAACAUGCGAUCAUGUCUACCUCUUUGAUAAUGAUUAUGAAGAUGCUAAAGACAUUUAUGGGCAACCCAUGAAUGGUAGGUUUGCAUACAAUCAGAGAGGGCGAAUUAUCGUUGAGGAGGGUUAUCUUGUUUAUGAGUGCAAUCGCAGGUGCAGCUGCAAUAAAAGCUGUCCAAAUAGGGUUUUGCAGAAUGGAGUACGUGUGAAAUUGGAAGUCUUUAAAACUAAGAACAAGGGUUGGGCACUUAGGGCAGGAGAAGCAAUUCUGCGAGGUACAUUUGUAUGUGAGUAUAUUGGGGAGGUUUUAGAUGAGCAGGAGGCAAACAAGAGGCGCAUGAGGUAUGGCACAGAGGGCUGUGGUUAUAUGUUCAAUGUUGAUGCUCAUAUCAAUGAUAUGAGCAGAUUGAUGGAAGAACAGACACAAUAUGUCAUUGAUGCUACUAAGUACGGAAAUGUUUCAAGAUUCAUCAAUCAUAGCUGCUUGCCAAAUCUAGUGAAUCACCAAGUUCUUGUGGACAGCAUGGACUAUCAUCGUGCACACAUUGGUCUCUAUGCAAGUCGAGAUAUUGCGAUUGGUGAAGAACUGACAUUCGACUAUCACUAUGAACUACUUGAUGGAGAAGGAUAUCCAUGCCAAUGUGGAACUUCUAAGUGCCGGGGAAGACUUUACUAAUUAGGAAGUCAGUAGGAGACUAACUGGGGAAUUGAAAGAUCCAAGUCUGUUGCCAGAAGAGCUGCUUAUGGUCGAAUUGUCAAGUCAGUCACUUUUCAUAAAGGAACCUGAUCAUGAAGGUCUUUUUUUUUUUUUUGGUUUUUCCUCAAGUAGAUUGUAAAUCACGCUCUCUAGUUGUAGAUGCAUUUUGUGGAGAAAGGAUGAGAACUCAAUUCUUUAUUUAGUGAACUGCAAGAUACUUGUUUGAUAAUCGAUCAGAUUAGAACUUCAUAAUUAA